CUAUGGAAAUCGAUUUCUCAUCAUUAGAAAUGUGGCGUUGCAAUUUAUCUCAUUCCCCCUUUCCUUUUUGGUGAAUACAGAUAAAAAUGGUGUCUUUUGGUAAAAAGUUGAAGGAAAGACAAAUCCAAGAAUGGCAAGGAUACUAUAUCAAUUACAAAUUGAUGAAGAAGAAGCUUAAGCAGUAUGCUAACCAAAGCCAAGCCGUAGUACUGGAUCGGCGAUAUGUUCUUAAGGAUUUCUCCAGAAUGCUGGAUCAUCAGAUUGAAACAAUAGUUCUCUUCUUGUUGGAACAACAAGGGGCUCUUGCGAGGAGGAUAUCUGAACUUAACGAACAGAAAGAUUCUCUUCAAGAGCAGCCUGAUUUAUCCAAAAUAAAUGAGCUGCGAGAAGCAUAUCAAGCUGUGGGGCGUGAUCUUCUAAAGCUUCUCUAUUUUGUCGAAAUAAACGCUAUUGGAUUGCGGAAGAUACUUAAAAAAUUCGACAAACGUUUUGGCUAUAAGUUCACAGAUUAUUAUGUCAAAACCCGGGCUAAUCAUCCCUAUUCCCAACUUCAGCAAGUAUUCAAGCACGUGGGAUUAGGGGCAGUUGUUGGAGCAAUAUCACGUAAUCUCGCAGAUCUUCAAGACCGUCAGGGAAGCUAUUUGUCAAUUUAUGACCAGCCAGCUCUUCCACUCCAGGAUCCUGUGGUUGACUCGAUGCAAGCAGCUGUCGAUAGAUUAAGUCAUUCGACAAACUUCCUUAACUUUAUGGCCCAACAUGCACUUAUCAUGCAAGAGGAGUUACCCACUCCUGUUGAGGAAGAAGUUGAUGAUCAGAGAUACCAUUUUAUGUCGCUCCUGUUGAACUUGGCGAAUACCUUUUUGUACAUGGUCAAUACGUAUAUUAUUGUACCAACGGCAGAUGAUUAUUCUAUGAGCCUAGGUGCGGCUGCAACGGUUUGUGGGAUUGUGAUUGGAGCCAUGGCUGUUGCACAGAUUUUCUCAUCCGUGUAUUUCAGUGCUUGGUCAAACCGGUCUUAUUUCAGACCUUUGGUAUUCAGCAGUAUCGUUCUUUUUGUCGGGAACGUCAUGUAUGCAUUGGCCUAUGAUCUCAAAUCAAUACCAGUUCUGCUUAUCGGUCGUCUGUUUUGCGGUUUUGGUUCCGCCAGAGCAGUGAACCGUCGCUACAUCAGCGACUGUGUGCCACUUAAAAUCCGGAUGCAGGCUUCAGCAGGUUUUGUUAGUGCUAGUGCACUUGGAAUGGCAUGUGGACCUGCACUUGCUGGUUUACUUCAGACGAAUUUUAAGAUUUACAAGUUAACCUUCAAUCAAGAUACUUUGCCUGGUUGGCUUAUGGCUUUGGCAUGGUUAAUUUAUUUGGUCUGGCUGUGGAUCUCUUUUAAAGAACCUGUUCGCGAUACUGAAAUAAACAACAUUCCUCAAGAGUCUAAGGCUGGAUCUGAUAAAAACUCUGCUCGAUCACAAGAACCUGAUGCCCUUGAAAAGGGUGUUGUGGAACCAUUGCUAUUAAAAUCACCGGAGAAUCAACAAGAUGAAGCUGAACAAGAAGAUGAUGAGAGUGAAGAAGCUCCCGAGGAGUCUCAUCGACCUGCUAAUUCCAUAGCAGCAGCAUACAGAUUACUCACUCCUUCUGUGAAGGUUCAAUUAUUAAUCUAUUUUAUGCUGAAAUAUGCAAUGGAGAUUUUACUUUCAGAAUCUAGUGUCGUUACGACAUACUACUUUAGCUGGUCAACAGGCACUGUUUCGAUUUUUCUUGCGUGUCUUGGCCUCACAGUUCUUCCUGUAAAUCUUGUUGUCGGGAGCUACAUAAGUAACAUGUUCGAGGACAGGCAAAUUUUGCUGGCAUCUGAAAUUAUGGUUUGUCUUGGUAUACUCAUGAGCUUUCAAGUUAUAAUCCCGUAUUCUGUGCCACAAUAUGUCUGCUCGGGGCUCUUAUUGUUCGUAUCUGCUGAAGUGUUAGAAGGUGUAAAUUUGUCGCUUCUCUCUCGAGUCAUGUCAUCUAGGCUUUCUCGUGGAACCUACAAUGGUGGCCUCUUGUCUACAGAAGCCGGAACCAUUGCUCGGGUGAUUGCAGAUGCAACCAUAACUCUCGCCGGGUAUCUAGGGGAGAGUAUGCUCUUGAAUGUUACUCUUCUUCCUUCGCUCUUCAUAUGCAUAGUGUCGAUUCUCGCCACUUUUUGGACCUACAAUUCUCUCUAUUGAUUUUAUCUCCUGUAUUUGGAAAAACUCUCAGCACUCAACAAUCAUUUCUACUCGAUUAUUUUAUCGAUUGAUUUAUUUCUUGUCCUUUGAUACUAAUCAUCUAUAUUUAUUGCUAUAAAUUGGAAGUGGCACCACCGGAUCAUGAGCAUA